CAGUAGUGUGUUCUUGAUUCUUCCGUAUUUCGACCCAUUGAGAACGCGGCUUCUCCGUAGAUCGUAUCAUCGCAUCUUAUCCCGCAAAUAAUUCAUCAUGAGGUUCAUCUUCUUUCUUGCCCUCACUGUUGGUCUCGCUAACGUUGCUCGGUCUGACGGAUUAUUUGACACGAUACUCAAGUGGUGGGUCGACUUGUUAGGAUUGUCUACUGACAACGAUGACACGGAUUACAAGGAGCUGGUCAGUUGGCUCGAAGAAUAUUCCGGAGAAGAAGAAACCGAAGAGACAGGUUCAACAAGUAAACCCUCAAGCUCACCACCGCCGCCAUUCGCUUACAUUCCGCAGCAACAGCCGAUGCCACCUUACAAUUACGGACAAGCGAUGCCCUUUCCACCGCCCUUCUACAACCCCUACCAACAACAGUCGCCAUAUUACCCUGGUCUUCAACCGAUCCCGAUAGCUCCACCGGCCGGAUCACUUCCGACUGCUUCUUCUUCUUCGAGUGUUCGGAGUACUUCGACGGAAGCGCCGACCGCGGCGAGUACGACAACCACUACUACCACGACUCAAGCACCAACCACAGUGAAAGCGGUGACGACUGAAGCGCCGGCGGCAAACUCAUCAACUAAUGCGACUACCGCUGCUCCGGCAAAAGCUAACGCUACUGCUGCUACUAAUAGUACCGGUUAAAUAGUAUGCGGUUUUUCAAGUGUAGUAAGAGGUGUGUGAUGUGUUAUGGACAUGAUGAAGUAAUUUCAGGAGGGUCCAAUGUCUACAUCUUUCCAUUAAAAAUUGCUUAAACCCGUUCAUUUUAAAAUGAAAAUAUUGACUCAAAAUAUGUUUGUUUGAGUAAAGAAACACUUUUUGGACGA